AUGUAGUAGGCCAAGUCGAAAGCCAGUCCCUGCCAGGAACACACGCACCACAAACACCCAGAACUCUCACUCCAGAAAUGCUGAAGAUCACCAUCUGUUUGUUGGCCUUGGCCGCCGGAGCGUGGGGCGCCAGCAUUGGUGGCCAGGUGGUGAGCAGCACCACCGAGAAGCGCGAAAUUGUGCCACUGCUGAGGUUCGAGACGGAGAAGAACCCGGACGGCUCCUUCCACUUCGAAUACGAGGGCGGCGACCAGUCGUACCGCCAGGAGCAGGGACAACUCCAGAAUGCCGGCACCGAGGAUGAGGCUUUGGAGGUCUCUGGCUCGUAUCGCUACAUUGAUGCCGAGGGCAACACUGUGGAGGUUCACUACACGGCGGGCAGGAACGGCUUCGUGCCCAUUGGCACCAUCAUUCCCAAGGAGAUCACAGCUGUGGCCCAGGCUGCCGCCGAUCUUCCAAACAUCUCCGAAGAGGAGGAGCUCAGGCUGAAGCAUCGCAAGGCCCGUUCCCAGGAGGCUGUUGUUGAGAAGGAGUCUGCUGUUGAGAAGAAGGCUGUGGUGGAGAAGGAUCAAGUGCUCGCUGAAUCUAAGCUUCUGCCCGUAGUGGUAGAGAAGGAGGCUGUGUCGGAGAAGAAGUCUGUGGUGGAGAAAGAGGCUGUAGCUGAAAAGAAGGAUCAAUUGCCCGCUGAUUCCCAAGUUGUGCCCGUGCAGGUCGUUCUCGACGCCCAGCCCAAGUCCGAGCCAGAGGCGGAGCCCAAGAAGGCUGAGACCAAGACUGCCUAAGACCUCAUAGAGGUCAUUAGGAUUAGUCCUCCUAGAUUAUACUGACUUUAAGUAUUGUUACAUUUAAUCGCGAAAUUUGAGCGCUUUAAUUUAACUGUCUAGCAAUAAAAUGAUUCCCAAUCUCAACGAAA